AUGGCCAAAGAUUCGAUUAUUAUAAACAACAAUAAUUUUAAUAAAAUUAAAUCAGAAAUACCAUAUGAAAAAUUCUCACAAAUUAUAAAAGAAAUAGAAAAAUCAUAUGAAGAAAUAGUAGAAAUAUAUAAAAAAGCUGAACAUAAUAGAAGAAUAUGUGGUAUAAUGUUAGAAAGGGAUGAUUUUGAUUCUACUAUUCAAAUUUUAAAUUUUCCUUUAAAAGUCAAUUAUAAUUUAAAUUCUGAUGAUGAUGAGAAAAGGAUUAAAGCUGAUAUUAAUGAUCUAAAUGAGUAUCUUCAAUAUAUUGAAGGUGAUUUAACCGAUUCGGAUAAAAAUGUUUCCGAUAUAGUUAUACAUUUGAACGCACUUAAUAAUACUAUUAAUAGUAAAUUAUACGAUCAUGAUGAAUUUGAUGAAUUUCUUCCAUAUAAUGAUUUUGAAAUAUUGAAUAAUGAUUUUUCAAGUACGAGAAAAUGUAAAAGAAUAAAAAAUGGGGAUAAUGAUUUUGUGGCAUUUAAAUUAGUAAAUAACAAAAAUGACAUUAUUAAACAAGUUAAAAUUUUAAGUAAAUUAGAGAAAUGUCAUAAUAUAAUUAAAUUUUAUGGAUUAAUUAUUGAAGAUAAUAAUGUUGAUAAAUGGUAUUUAGUAAAUGAAUGGGCGGAAUAUGGUAAUUUACGUAAUUAUUAUUUAGAAUAUGGUCCACUUGACGUUAAUGUGAAAUUAAAAUUUGCUGUUGAUAUUGCCAGAGGAUUGAAUUUUUUAAAAUCUAUUGGGAUGAUUAAUUGUAUAUCUAUAUAUGCGGAGAAUAUUUUAAUUACGGAUCGUGAAACAGCAAAGAUUGGAGGAAAUUUUAAUUCAAUUGAUUAUUCAAAUAUGAAUUUAGAAAGGAAUUCCAAGUUAGAAAAUUUAACUCAAUAUCUUGCUCCAGAAUUAUUAAAUUCAAAUUCACAAAGAUAUGAAACAAAGAGCAUAAUUUAUAGUUUUGGUAAACUUCUUUGGGAAAUUGCUGAAGAAAAAUAUCCUCAAAAAAGAUAUGAAACAUUUUCUACAAAUUCUUUUUUACCAAAAGAAUAUAAAGAAAUUUCACAAAAAGCUACCAAUGAUGACCCUUAUUUAAGACCUACGUUGGCAAAAAUUUUUAUAACGUUACAUCGUCUUUAUAAGAAUGAUGAUAAAAAAUUAUCAUCAUCUACUUAUGUAUUAAAGAAUGAAGUAAAAGAAAAAGGAAAACUAGCGUUAAAAAAUGUUUCAAAAUUAAGCAAUGACGAACCAAUCAUGUUUAGGCAGUAA